CACUGCUGCGGUGCCAUCAAUCAAAUCGCAGGAAAAGAGCUAUUCGUACAUAUAUUGGUGUGUAUUCUCUACAUUUUCUCUGAGCCGCUACACAUCGAUUGAUUGAUUGAUCUCUCUGCUAAUUGCUGCUAAUAGUCAUGGUUCGAUGCAACGCAAGAGCGAUUUCAAGAUUUUGGAAAGAUUUAUGGACACGCGUUUUCCUUCGUCCAGGAACUCUGUCACGUAAGUGCGUACCGGAUAGAUAACAUUUGCGCUAAACUGACGCGAUGUGAUGUAUAAUUUAUCAUCAUGAACAUUACAAGCUCAUCCAAAUAAUACAUUAACGGCGAAAAUUGGCGACUUUAGGUUGGAAACAUUCGUAGAACGUCAGAAUUCGAUAUUUCUGUAUCAAUGGCAUCCUCGGUGACCAAGGAACAUUACCGACUCGAAAAAGAAGCGUUCGUUUCCGAUCACGGAGGUACAACGCCGUAUGAGGUUAUUUUCACACUUUUACCGAACGUUUGUGGUAUCUUGUUGACAACAACAACUCUGGGAGUUUUUAGAAAAUGCACUCAACACAAAAAUGUGAAUGUCAUCAUAGAGUUUAUGCUAAUUGUCAUUCCGACUAUCUUAUGUUGCACUGUACUGUCGGAAUAUAGUGGUAGCAUGUGUAUUGUAAUGAUAUUUAUUUCUGCGAUGAAUCUAACGCUGUUAUGGAAUGAGAAAACUAUUCGUUCCAAUACAGCUGUGCCGUCCAUUGCUACCAGGAAACCUUUUUUAACAAAUUUUCGUGCAUUAACUAAUAUUAUAACUGCGAUUUGUAUUUUGGCCGUCGAUUUCCGUAGUUUUCCGCGAAAGUUUGCAAAAACAGAAGUAUAUGGAUAUAGUUUAAUGGAUACAGGUGUUGGAUUGUUUAUAUUAGCCAAUGCCGUAGUUGCGCCACAGACUCGAGAUUUUUUUCUUGAUCGUCAAACAAGAUUUCAAGACAUUUUAAGAAAAAAUUUAAAAGAUUGUUUUCGAAAUUGUGCGCUUCUGUUGUUGUUAGGUCUCGGACGUUUUGUAGCAGUGGAAUUAAUAGGAUAUCAGAAGCAUGUCUCUGAAUAUGGCGUUCAUUGGAAUUUUUUUGUAACAUUAGCUGUUGUUAAAUUUAUCAUUAGUAUGAUUACCAGUACUAUUAGUUCAAAGUACUCACUUUUCUCAGGCAUUUGGAUAUUAGGAAUGCACGAAUACACAAUGAACACCAAAGGUUUAAAAACGUGGGUAUUGGGAAAUAGUCCUAGAGAUGAGUUUUUCUCCGCAAAUCGAGAAGGUCUAAUUUCUGUACCUGGUUAUGUAGGAUUAUAUUUUCUUGGUAUAGCUGUCGGAAGAAUAAUAUAUUCUACAUAUCAAAAGUUUCAUACAAAAUUAAAGAUGACCACUUCCAUUAAACUGUACAAUGUUGAUGUUGUAAUAAGCUACAAUGCGUCUAUAUUGUUGUGCAUUAAAUUAUCUUUUAUAUGUGCAAUUGCAUAUAUUGCAACAUUGUUCUGUGAUUCAUACUUUAAAGUUUCAAGAAGAUUAGCCAAUGCCGGAUACUGUUUAUGGAUACUGAGCUUGACAGUUCUGUUACUUAUGCUCUUGCUACUUGUAGACUUUGUGUUGGAUUUAAUUAAUCAUACAGUAGAUAUACCCUAUGUUGAAAGCAAAAAAGAAAGAGGGAAAAGAAUAAUGCUGGAUUUAAUUUUAAAUGUAAAGAAAGAUAUAGAAAAUAAGAGAGAAGAAAAUAAAGAAUACGUAGUCAAAAAAUCUUUAGAGAUUUUUGAUGCUGUAAAUUACAAUAGCCUAUUUUUCUUCCUGCUUAGUAACGUCAUGACUGGUCUUGUCAAUUUAGUAACGUACACAUUGUACGUUAAAGAUUCAGUAGCUGUAUUAAUUUUAAUUGUAUACAUGGCCAUAACUAUAUUCUCAGCACUGGUACUUUACAGGUUUCAAGUACAAAUCAAAUUAUAAAAAUUAUAUGAGCUGAUCUAUGUCUAUAACUUUUUUAUCAUUUUUAUAAUAACUGUA